AUGGGCCAGUCAGAUGAGAUAGGGCGAUGCGGAAGUCAUAGUUCCGUUCACUUCAGUUCAGUCUGAAACUCGUGGUAGCGGCAGAACGGUCACACGCUUUCACACCUCAACCAAACCGGCUUUGCCUCAUCCACGAAAAGGAGAAUCAUGAGCAGCAACUACAGUGUCUCCCUGGUUGGCCCCGCCCCCUGGGGCUUCAGACUGCAGGGAGGAAAGGACUUCUGUCUGCCCCUCACUAUCUCACGGCUGACCGAUGGGGGCAAGGCAGCCAAAGCCAGAAUGAGUGUGGGAGAUGUAGUUCUGUCGAUCGACGGCAUCGCCACCAACAGCAUGAACCACCUGGAGGCCCAGAACAAGAUCAAAGCCUGCACAGACGACCUCAACCUCACCCUGCAGAAAGCUUCCAGUGUUCCCAAGGCGGAUGCACCAAAGAACGAACCGCCGGAGAUCAUUAAGCCUGUGCCAAUCACCUACCCAGCCCCGCCAUCCACAUUCACCAGCCCCUCCCCCCAGCCCAGUGCUGCCUACAAUAAGACGGCCCGCCCCUUUGGCGGGGGCAGCAGUGUGGGUGUGGUCACUUCCUCCCUGUCUGCCCCAAAAGUGGCCUCAAUCCCUUCUGCAUCGUCUGCUUUCACCCCCGCUGCCCCCUCCUCCCAGCAGCCCCAGCCUCCCUUCCCACUAGGCAGCCACUCCCGCUCUCCAGCCCCACCCAUCGCAGCCCAACCCAGCUCAGCCCCACCCACCAGACCCAGCUCUGGCCGUUCCCCUUUCACCACCCCCUCGUCGUCCUCCUCUUCCUCCCCGGCCAGAGUGAUAGCCCCCUCCUCCAAUCCUGGUGCUCCGCAGUCCUCUUGCUAUAACACGCCCAUCAACCUGUACUCCAACGCCAACGCCUGUGAGGUGGCCAUAGGACAGAGGCGGGGCCUGUUGGAAGCCCAGGGUGUGGUAGUCGACCAGAUCAAAGACCAGUUCAACGGGAACAGAGUUGAACCAGAGUUGAACCAUUCCUCACCACUCAGCGAGGCCAGUAAGAAGCGUAUGAUCGAGGACACGGAGGACUGGCAUCCUCGAACCGGCACCUCCCAGUCCAGGUCCUUCAGAAUCCUGGCUCAGAUCACUGGCACAGAGAACGACCAAGCCCAGGAGAACAGCACUGGAAAGAAAGAAGUUGUUGAGGAUGCCCUGCCCAGUGCUCACAUCACAUCAGUGAAGACCAUGACCAAAGUCCCAGGAGCCCCCAGGAAUGGUGUCCCCCCACCCACCUUCAAGACCCCCUCUACCCAGGUCAAACCCUCCUGGCCGGCUGGAGGUUCAGCAGGUUUCCCUAAGGGUGGAGCGGUGCCCUCUUUUGGCCGGGUCAGCAACACUGCACCGGUACCCAAAGGUCCUGACCGCCCUGCUCCCCAGGCGCACCCCAAGGACCAGGACUCCCUGGUGCAGCGGGCCGAACACAUCGCAGCAGGAACACGCACACCCAUGUGUGGCCACUGUGACAAGGUCAUCAGAGGUCCGUUCCUGGUGGCCAUGGGCAUGUCGUGGCACCCUGAGGAGUUUAACUGUUCCCACUGCCACACGUCUCUGGUGGAGUCGGGCUUCGUGGAGGAGAGGGGAACAGUGUACUGUGCUCACUGCUAUGAAGAGUUCUUUGCCCCUACCUGCACCAGCUGCAAGCAGAAGGUCCUGGGGGAAGUCAUCAAUGCCCUGAAACAGACCUGGCAUGUGUACUGUUUCCUGUGUGCAUCCUGCCAGCAGCCAAUCAGAAACAACACCUUCCACAUGGAGGACGGGCUGCCAUACUGUGAAAGAGAUUAUUACCAACUCUUUGGUACCAGUUGCCAUGGUUGUGACUUCCCCAUCGAGGCAGGAGACAAGUUUCUGGAGGCGUUGGGAUUCACAUGGCAUGAUACCUGCUUCGUAUGUGCAGUCUGCAGCACCAGUUUGGAGGGCCAAGCCUUCUUCUCUAAAAAGGACAAGGCCCUGUGCAAGAAACACGCCAACACAGUCAAGAUCUGACCCGCCCCCAGGAGUGAAGAACAGAGGAAAACGGAGAAAGAAUCUAUUCUAUCAGAUGUAGAUAUUUUUGGUAGUUUUAAAAGAUCGAUUUAUCUGAUGACAUUUAUUGACGGGAAUAUAAGCUUUAUAUCUUAUUUUGGUCAAACAAAGUGCAUGAAGGAAGGAAGGUAUCAUUUUUCGUGAAAUCUCAAAUUGAAAUGUUGAAAUGUUCUCGACAUACAGAGCUUGUCUAUACUGUAGUUGGGUGAACAGACAUGUAUAAGGUAGAUAGAUACUCAAGAUACCCAAAAUCCACUACAUACUGUAUGAUCCCAUAUAAUUGAUGUAGUUAAGUUAAUUAAAGUGUUAUUUUGGUAGAUGAAUGGGACCUUAUAAAAUGAGCUUGAUUGGGUUGACAGAUUAAAAUCUAACUGUUACCUUAUUGAGGAUGAUUAGAGCACCCAACCCCAUUUAUUGUCUCUUUCUCCCUCCCCCCGAGUGGUUGGGUCUGUAGACAUAUGUAUGUAUCCUGGUAGUAUAUUUAUUGGGGCUGGUGGGAUGUACUUUUUUUGGGGAUUUAUAGGGGCAGUUGCACAUAGUGGUUCACUGUCAUUUUAUGAGAAGUAGGGAUUUUCCAUGUUUAUCGUUCAAUGUAUGUAUUUAAAACAUAUUUUGGGGGAUUUACUGCCCAUUUAUUUUGAACCUAAACUUAGACCCUAAGCACUACACAGCGAAUUCAAAUAAUCAAAGCUUGAUGGUGAGUUGGUUAUGUGAAUCAGCUGUGUCGCGCUAGGGGGAAAAAAAUAAAUGUACACCUGGGGGGCCAAGACUGAGUUUGGGGAAACCCUGGUCUAUGUAGUGUUUAUUGGUGUAAUUCAUUCCAUUCCCAAUCAUGUUUGUCAUUAUUAAUCAUCCAAACUUAGACUAAAAGUAAAAUAUCUUUGUCCAUAAAAUGUCAGUGUUGAAAAUGAUUUGUAUUAGAGCUCUGUGGGAUGGACACUGUUUUAUUGGGAAAUACAGUGCAUUGGUCUACUAUUUGUAAAAAAUAAAACUACGAUUCAAUCGUG